AUGCUCCCUGCUGGUGACGAUAGCGAGCAGGUAGACCCUUGCGAGGUUGCGAGGGUCGAAAAACAGGACGACGAGGAAAGACGAAAGAAGAAUAAGACGAAGACGACGAGAGACGCAGAGAGCGAGAAGGAGGACCCGCUUUUUGUUGCCCUUUGGCCUGGGUCGCUUUUGGGGGAGAUGGGCGGCCUGAAAAGUGGAUGGGGCGAGGUGGAUGAAAAGCGAGAAGUUGGUGGGAGAAGAGAAGACGAGAAGAAGAGAAGGCGAAGACGAGGACGGGAAGUUGUCGAUUUAAUAGAGUAA